ACCGUCAGUAAUUCCUGUUUUAAAUAAUAACACUACAAGAUGAGUUUAUACAAGGCAUUUACAAGGCAUUUUAUCGUGCUUUUUAUUAAAAGCUGAAAGGGACUGAAAAACGCGUGCUUAUUUUAUCAGAUCAUAGUUGGCUCUUCGUCUAUGCACUCUUUGGUUGAAUCAGUAGUUUACUUACUUCCGUUCACUUCUAACGUACUGCGUUAAAAGAAAAUAAUGAGGUGACAUUUAGUUCUCAAACUGUGUAGCAUGGCGAGUCUGUUGGGUAAAGUGGAUGAGGCUCGAACCGGCGGUGUGCGGGUAGAAAACACAUCUGGACGGAGACAUCAGCCCGCUGCGACUGGCACUGCCAGCAAAGAGGGCAAAAAGAAGAAGAAACACCCUACUAAAGAGAAAACCAAAACACAACCUGAGGUCAAGAAAAGAGGACACCCCAGCACUCCCUCCAACUCCGAUGAUUCAGAGAAACAGCAGACAGAGCAGUGGACCAGCACAGAGAAGAACAGUGACCAGAAGCAGUCCAAAGGCCACGUUAAAGAGAGGGGCUCCAGGAAUUGUCGAAAAAGUAAAACUACUCAAACUGUUGUAGAAGAAGCACCAGCUCCACCUAAGGAGGAAGAAACAGAAGUUAUCAUUCAGACACAGGACAGCCUGAGGUGGGAAGGGGUUCUAGAUGAUCCAGUUGCCGAAGCGGAACGUCUUGAGGUCUACAAAGCUAACCGGCGCAAACGCUACAUGGCGUUCAGGCCGACACUUGUCGAUAACAUUCAGCUUGACUUAGGUUCAGGCUCAAAUGCUCCUAUAAUGGGGUUAGCUUGCAAGCAUGGCACAACAGCAAAUAUUUUGUAGCUCUAGCCUUAUAUAUUCAUCUCUAGUGGUGUACCACAAUGUACUUUACUCUACUACCAAUAUUGCUUCAAGCUACCCAUCAUUUGUCAUUAUAACCCUGUAACCCUCAUAGAACCUUAUUCAGACAGUGACCAGAGGCGAGGACCCAUGCUGCUGUGCGACACCCAUUCUACCAGCUGUGCCACUGUACCACCCUGAAACAGAGAUCAUCUUUGUUUUUCCAGCUUAAGUGUAUUUAACCCCAUAGAUCAUAAAGCCUAAGCUUAACAGAG